UAGGACCCAGCAGCAGCUCGGUGUGCCCGGCUCUGACGCUUUGCGGGCAGACGUGCAGGUUGGAACGUUGCGCAGGUGCUGAGGCUGGAUGAGGGACGGCUCCCGGCAGCAGCAUCAUCCGAUUUUUCUGGCGGCGGAUCCAGUCGACAUUUCUUCAUUCCAUGAUUGCUGGAUAUGCAUCACGUGUGAUUGUGAAGAUUUGUGAGGAGAACCCUUCAUUAAAAACUCAUUCACUGCCUCCAUUAAGGAACAGCCAUAAAGCACCAUGGGAGGUGCUGUAGUGGAUGAUGAAGCACCAAGUGUGAAGGCCCCAGAUGGAGGAUGGGGCUGGGCAGUGUUGGCUGGAUGUUUUGUCAUCACAGGCUUCUCCUAUGCAUUCCCUAAAGCAGUCAGUGUGUUUUUCAAAGAGCUGAUCCAGGAGUUUGGGGUUGGAUACAGCGACACCGCCUGGAUCUCUUCCAUCCUGCUGGCCAUGCUUUAUGGGACAGGUCCUCUGUGCAGCGUGAUGGUCAACCGCUUUGGCUGUCGCCCUGUGAUGAUGGUGGGAGGCCUGUUCGCCUCUCUGGGAAUGAUAUUGGCCUCCUUCUCCACCAGCAUCGUCCACAUCUACCUCUCUACUGGAGUGAUUACAGGUCUGGGAUUAGCUCUGAACUUCCAGCCAUCUCUCAUCAUGCUCAAUCGGUACUUCAACCUGAAGCGUCCUCUGGCCAAUGGCCUUUCUGCUGCUGGGAGCCCCAUGUUCCUCUGCUGCCUCUCGCCUCUGGGUCAGCUUCUUCAGGACCAUUACGGAUGGAGGGGAGGCUUCCUCAUUCUUGGUGGGCUUCUGUUGAACUGCUGUGUGUGUGGAGCCCUCAUGAAGCCCCUACCGACUCCCAAGUUUGUGGAACUUCCACACGACCAGGAGGACACGAAGAAGAAGAAGAAGAAAAAGAAGCUGCUGGACUUCUCUGUAUUCAAAGACAAGGGGUUUGUCAUCUACACCAUAGCAGCAACCAUCAUGGUGCUGGGCUUGUUUGUGCCGCCUGUGUUUGUUGUGAGUUACGCCAAGGAACUGGGGAACGAGGACACCAAGUCUGCCCUGCUGCUCACCAUCCUGGGUUUCAUCGAUAUUUUUGCCCGACCAACCUGCGGUGUGAUUGCCGGACUGAAAUGGGUGCGACCUCGGUGUGUCUACUUGUUCAGCUUCGCAAUGGUCUUUAAUGGAACUGCUGACCUGAUUGGCUCACAGUCCCACGACUAUGUGUCUCUGGUAAUUUUCUGCAUUUUCUUCGGGAUCUCCUACGGCAUGGUGGGCGCGCUGCAGUUUGAGGUGCUGAUGGCGAUAGUUGGCACUGAAAAAUUCUCCAGUGCAAUUGGCCUUGUCCUCCUGGUGGAAGCUAUUGCUGUGUUGGUGGGACCACCAGGUGCAGGGCAACUUCUGGACGCUACCAAGAGCUACAUGUACGUCUUCCUGCUGGCAGGAAGUGAGGUAGUGCUCUCAGGACUGGUUCUGGCUACUUGCAACUUCUUCUUUAUCAAGAAGAAACCCCAUGAACCGGCAGUCUGUCUGGGUGAGAUGGUCACACUGGCAGAUGAUGAGAUCAAGCAGCUUAGCAGCAGGGCAGAGGAGCAGCUAACGACAGAGGAGGAGAUGCAGAAGGAGGUGGUCAAUGAGAACAAGAAUAACGACAAUGUCCGACCAAAGAGUGUAGCAGUGGACUCACAGGAGGUGGAGAGGUUCUUAAAGGAGCCGCAGGCUAAUGGUGACAUGGCUGCUUGUCCUGAAACCUGUCUUUAGGUAGAGACGGAGGGUGCAGGUGAAACGUACUAGUUAGCAGCAUAUCCAACCCUAAGCUUUGGCCAUAAUUCAGUGUUUGAGUGAGCGAUGUGUUUAUGUCCGUCACCGAAGUAGAUGUGACUCUGCUGCCAUCCAAAGGAUUGUUGGCAUGGACAGCUGUGUCGGCUUCGUCUUUCCACUCAGUGUUUUUAAAGUUUGCCGAAUGGGAACUGAGCUGCAGUGCUGCCGUGUGUAUAUAGUUUAUAACAAAUGUUCAAGUUAUUUUUUAUGGUUGUUGCCACCAGCAAAUUAAAUUAAGGGAUAAUUUUGUCAAAAUUCUGCAUUCUGUGCUUUAGCAAAUGACAUAACAAAAUGAUUAGUACAUAUGAAUGUAAACUCCCCCAAAAAGAAACACAGUAAAGUUGCAAAAUGUAACUUUUAUAUUUUAUAAAACUGUCAUCAUGUGGUGACAGUAUGGGAUGAGACAGAUAAUGUGUGAAAAAUGUCCAGCUUCUCUGUCUUUCCUCUAUGAACCUGCUUUGUCAGAAACGACCAAUCAGAGUCAGGAGGAGGGUCUCAGCUCUGUCAGUCACAGCUGAUUCCCCACAACGGAGCAUGCCGUGAAUGCUAAAGGCUAAUUAGCAUGGCCAUCAAUGAUGGCAGAUAAAUGGUUUUUCUAUAACGGUAAAUUGUUUCUCCACCAUUAGCAUAUUUAGCAGUGCAUUCAUAAGGUUGACUGGCAGCUCUAAGCCCCUCCCCUGGCUCUGAUUGGUUGAUUGCAUUAAGUGCAUUUCUUCAGAUGACAAGUGUAGCUCAGGGAGUGGAAGAGAUUCAAGUUUUUUCACAGAUUAUCUGUCUCAUAUUAAACUGCCUCAACAUACUGACACUUUUAACAAAUAUGUCAAAAACAUUUCUGUCAGGUGCAUACUGCAGCUUUAAGCAUCAACAUGGAGCAGUUUGAUUUGGAUGGAAUUUGACACAAUUACAGAACAGUGGGGGUGUAAAUGAUCUGAUUUGCAACCGUGUGGUUCAUUCAGACCAGGCACUAGAGGCCAUGAGUGAUGUCAUCAGAUACAGAUUGGAUUGGAUUCAAUCGUCCAUUUUCACCAUGUUUCAGGCUGGGUGACUGUAUCAAGCCAUUGCCUAACAUAUGGGGCCAACUACACACACUGUUGAAACCAGAGUGUGUGUGAAAGGCUAGGCUAACCAAGGGGGUUAGUUAGCCUAGCAUUCCAGGUAGUCAGAACCUAGAAUACCUGACCUCUUUCAAACCCUGCAUGAGACCCUCAUCACUCUCCUAGUGACGUUGUUUAGUCUGACUACAUGGCAUCCUGUCUGUCUGUCUGUCUGUCUGUCUGUCUGACUGCCAGACAUUCUGGCAGCUUCCUGCCAUAUUAUCAUUCCAGUCAGGCUGCCACUGCUGUCCUCUGGUGAGCCUGUAGACCCGCCAGCUCCUUGCAUUUUAAAUCAAGCACAUCCUCAGUGCUGCUCUGCACCAGAUGACUUUCUAAUUAGACUAUUUGUUUGUGGUCCUUUCCAUGGUGCUUACUUAUUCAAUAAUUAGUCUUUGAUGAAGUGGAAGGGAAUUCAUUUUCAAUGAAAGGGGGAAUAGAAUGAAAGGCUAAGCAAAUCAUCCUACCUAAGUUUAGAGUCAGAUCAUAGAAGAACAAACGUAAUAUUUAAGAAGAAAGACCUAAAGUGAAUAUAAUGUCUUGCUCUGCUCCACAGUUUAAACAGCGUGUUACAGAGAUCACCAGUUCUGAACUUCAGGAGGAAUUGUCAUUUGUCCUUUUUGGAUGCAUGUCAAAACAACCUACUUGCUCCAUGUUUAGUAAAACUAAAAUAACAAUUCUACUCAGUGCUAUGAAAAAGUAUUUACCUCCUUACAGAUUUUGAUAUUUUUUUCUUAUAGUUAAACUCAAAUGUUUUUCGUAAGUAACCAUUUUUUUAGUAUCAAAGAUGACCUGAGUAAAAAAAAAAAACUGGAGUUUUAAAAUGAAGGUUUUAUGUAUUACUGCAUAAAUCCUAUCCAGACCAGCCUGACCAUGGGAGAACCUAACUGGUUACGUUCUCUCAUGGUCUUGCUCAAAAAUUCUUCAUCCCAAAACCAUUUUUUCGUUUCUUUUUUUUUAUUGCUGGCUGGAGAGCUUCUGUAUGUCAUCAUACUUCUUUUCUGAGCCCAGAUGUAACAGGAAAACAGCCACCAAAAAGUUCCACCUGGUCUCAUCAGACCACAGACGAUCAUCACUCACUUCCUUUGAACUCUACCGUGGAGGCCAUUUUGUCUAGUUUGUAUUACUCUUGAACCCUGACCUUUGACCUUAACAAAUGCUUUGAGGUCUGUUCUGGGUCCUCCUGUGGCCUCCUGGAAGAGCCAUGUAGGGAUCUAAGAGUGAUUCUGGUUGGCUGGCCUCUCCUGGGAAGGUUUUCCAGUGCUUGUAGUUUUCUCUGUUUCUGGCUAAAGCUCUCGUUGUAUUUUACUGGAGUCUGAAUGAGUUAACAAGGGAGCCAAUUACUGUUUUAGCUAGAACCAGGUUGGUUUGGAUAACUUCAUUAUCACUAGAAAUGAGGUCAUCUUUCCUUAAGUGAAUUUUGAUUUUGCUGAGGUUAUCUCUAACUGAGUGGCCACAUGUGCCUCACUGCCAUCCUUGUGGGUAUGUGUGUGUGUGUGUGUGUGACUGUAAUUACAGGCCAUUUACCGUUUUUACCAUUUCAGUGUCUUUGAUUAUCUGAAAAACGCAAGAGGGAGCAAAACGAAAACGUUUUUUAAAAAAAUCUGUAAAGGGAAAAAAUACAAUUUCAUGUCAUGUUAUUAAAAGGAAAGUAAUAAAAGUAGAUUUAUAACAGAAAUCAAACUGAGUGCCUCACUUAAAAAAACAAUACAACAUAAAAACUAAUAACAUAUACUUUAUAUAUUUUUUUAGUUUUUAUUUUUUCAAGAAAUUUGUGAUAAGAGAGAUGCAGAAUCCUGUCAGCCUUAUCCUUUAAAUAAUAAAGUGCUGCUUUCUGCUGUUCUGCAUUCUGAAGUGUUGGAAAAGCUUUUUGUGUCUGUAUAACCAGAAACUCAUUCCUGUCAAAAGCUUAAAAUCUUGUUUGUGACCAACUUCUAAUGGAUUGUAGUUUCUUUAUUCUCCUCACUUUUGAAUCACAAGGCAGAAAAUAUCUUCCCCCUCAGUUUGUGACGUUACACAAAAACAGGACUGGAACUGGUUAGAUAUGAUUGGCUGCAGAGAGUGGCAGCUGGUUGGAAAGUUCUGCUGCAGCUUUUGUCUCUUGAGUUUGAGGUUGGAGGUAAAUAUUUUAUGCCCAAGACUUUAUUGUGAAAUUCAAAAGAGAGAGAAGCAUUUCACUGUGAAACGCGCUCCAGUCUGCUUCACGCUCACACUCCACAGGUUAUGUCCUCCCUGCAGACUUGUAUGUGAUUGUGGAUCGCUGUUAUUGUGAGCUUACUUGUGUUGACGACGUUAUACUGCCUCUCUAAAGUACUGAGCUCACUUAGCUUCACAACCCAAGAUGUCCAGCAGAGGUGAUGCAAUAGCUUUCUAUGGAACAGAGUAUGUUCUGCAACAUGGCUUACUGUUUGUGGAGUAAAAAGACAUAUUUAAUCAAUAUAUUUUAACAAAGUAAUUCUAAUUUGCUAUGAAAUUUUUUAUGGACAAUGUUACACAUUACUGUUCCUUGUGUGUUUUUUAUUGUCUGUAGCGUUUGUGAGUGUUUCAAUAAAAAUAUUUUUUGCUGUUCUAGA